AUGGCUGCUUGCUUGAACGACUGCUCGAACGACCCUAAUUGUGAAGGUGUUGGAUACGAUACAUCGACAGGCACUUGCUACGAGUACUGUAGCGAGGUCUCGAACAGUGGUUCUUACUCCACAAAUGUGCAGUUCGCGCAGCUCAAGCAGCGUGCUGUCGUCAAGAGUGGAACCACAUAUACCUUCCCGAUCACCACUUCGCUCACCAGCAACGGUAUUAAUGUACAAGGUGGAACGACCUUUCCAUAUACACCGACUUCCUCUUUAUCGUCAGCUCUGGGUGGGUUGACUUCCGGAAUUACCGCCACGUCUCCAUCAAGUGGCCUCGGGGGCCUGACGUCCGGGCUCACCACAUCGACCAUAUCGAACCUUGGCGGGCUGACUUCCGGACUCGCCACACCAACCAUAUCAAAUCUUGGCGGGCUGACAUCAGGCCUGUUAAAUCUCGGUGGUGUGAUGUCGACUUCGGCCACGGCUUCUUCUGCGGCCACAAUAUCCUCGGGCACUUACCCAUCUAGUACAUCUUCGAGUACGAGUGGCGGGUUGAGCUUUUUAUCUGGCGGAUUUGGCGGCAAUCAAGGAGUAUCAACAGUCAGCUCGCUCUCAUCAGCAACAGUGCCCACCUCCGCUGGUCCAACAGAAACCGCCGCUUCGUACUCUUGUCCAGCAAAUGAUGGCCAGACUGUAAUCGAGAAUGGCAAUAGUUAUGUCAUCGGCUGCGGUGGCUCUUUGACAGGCACAUACUACACUAUCGGCUCCGCCGCUCGUUCCUUCAGCGACUGCUUCGCUUCUUGCGAUCAGAGCAGCACCAGCCAGGGGGCAAAAUACUGUACUGGCUUCAGCUACGUCGGCUCGACAAAUGGUGACGGACCUGGGACUUGUUACCUUUACAACAACGUUGGCAAUGGCAUGGUCGCCACUAACUCGAGCUCGGUGGCUGCCGCCCGUUUGGUCAAUUAUGUCGCCGGUGCUUUGCCAUCUGGUAGCGCAGGAGUGGGCGCCGGUAUUACUGGCGUAUCCGCAAACCUGCCCUCGAGCACCAUCUCCCCUCCCGUUAAUACGUGCACGAACGGUGGCGACCCACUCAAUGGCUGCGUUGCCGCUGUCGUCACAGCUACUCCAGCUGCUGGUGCCAGCGGAGGCCUUGGUUUGACAGGUUCCUCCACAAGCACGAUAUCAAACGUGCAAGCCUCAGUCACAGCCAUCGCCUCACUAUCGGCCAGCGGAUCUGCCGGUCUAGGUUUGAGUCUUGGAUCUUCUGGACCGAGCGUCAGUGCGACAAUGAGCUUAGGGAUCGGACUGUCCGGCACGCUGGAAGCAGGUGCCACGGGUACCCUGCUGCCGAGUGGCUCGUCUGCUUUGACAAGUACGAGUGUGGUGUCUUUGCCGUCCACGAGUACGGCUGUCAGUUUUUCGAUUACCACAGGCUUGAGCAGCUUGCCUUUGACUAGCCCCACCCUGAGCAUCAAUACGAACACAGGUCAAGGCAUGAUUGGCCAGUCCGCAGGCCUGCCUUCGACGAACAACAACGACCAUAACUUCCUGCUCGAGCGUGCUAGGAGGCCAACUUACAUGCCCCGGCGGAGUCUCAAAUACGCUAUUGGCGUCAGUAUCUACUACGUCGAGCUCAGGGAGUGCAACAGUCUACAUAGCCUUCACGACGACCGUAACUACGACGACAACGACAAGUAG